AUGCAGCUGUGCCGGGGCCGCGCGCUGGGCAUCUCGGUGGCGGUGGCGCACGGGGUCUUCUCGGGCUCGCUCAACAUCCUGCUGAAGUUUCUGCUCAGCCGCUACCACUUCGCCUUCCUGACGCUGCUGCAGUGCCUGACCAGCUCCACGGCGGCGCUCAGCCUGGAGGUGCUGCGGCGCCGGGGCGCCCUGGACGUGCCGCCCUUCGGCUUCAGCCUGGCGCGCCUCUUCGCCGGGGUCACGGUGCUCUCCACGCUGCAGUCCAGCCUCACCCUCUGGUCGCUGCACGGCCUCAGCCUGCCCAUGUACGUGGUCUUUAAGCGCUGCCUGCCCCUCGUCACCCUGCUCAUCGGCGUGCUGGUGCUCAAGAACGGCGUCCCCUCGGUUGGGGUGUCGGUGGCCGUGCUCAUCACCACCUGCGGGGCGGCGCUGGCAGGUGCGGGUGACCUGACUGGUGAUCCUGUUGGGUAUGUGACUGGUGUGCUGGCCGUGCUGGUGCAUGCGGCAUAUUUGGUACUCAUUCAAAAGACAAGUGCAGAUAGUGACUAUGGGCCCCUGACAGCCCAGUAUGUCAUUGCUGUUUCAGCCACACCCUUUCUCAUUAUCUGCUCCUUUGCCAGCAUGGAUGCCAUCAACGUCUGGUCCUUCCCAGGAUGGAAAGAUCCCAUCAUGACAUGCAUUUUUAUCGCAUGUGUCUUGAUUGGCUGUGCCAUGAAUUUUACCACCCUUCACUGCACGUACAUCAACUCAGCUGUAACCACCAGUUUUGUUGGGGUAGUAAAGAGCAUUGCAACCAUCACAGUCGGUAUGGUGGCUUUCAGUGACGUAGAACCCACAAAACUGUUUAUAGCAGGUGUGGUGGUCAAUACCGUGGGCUCCGUCAUUUACUGUGUGGCCAAAUACAUUGAAACCAGAAAACAGAGUAAUUAUGAAGACCUGGAGAAAGAAAGUGGAGAGGAGGAGGAGGAGAAGAAGAAAGAUUGUGAUGGAGGCCAGCCACCAUUUGUAAUGGAGGAGAUGUUCAAGGAGACAGAGCCCGGGGACACAAUGAUAGAGGAGCCAGCAAUUGGAAGCAGCCAGCAAAGCAUGGAGGAGAAGGACAGCAGUAUGGGAGAAGCAAAUGCAGCUGUCAUCCCUGAAGGUGGCAGCACUGAAGGACUUGCUAAAAGCUCAUUAAAGGAUGCCUAUCUCGGAGUAUGGAGAUUGGUUAGAGGGGCUAAUUAUAUGAAGAAAGAUUAUCUAGUAGAGAAUGAGGAGCUGCCAAGUCCUUGA